CUGCUGGUCUGGGGUCCUUUCUCGUAUCACACCACACGACGCACAGACAAUAGCAUCACCUGCUGUCCUCGUUGCGUGUGCCGAUAUCGUCUCCUGUGUAUUCCUUCCCUUCCUGUGUACUUGUCUUCCGUGCUGACUGCUGUUGCACUCGGCUGAUUGUUGGCAGUAGCCUGCUGUAGCCUGGUGGAAACAUGAUCCUGCCCGUCAUCGUCAACGACGGCCAAUCGCCCCCUCGAGCCGAUGCCCUUACCACCCGACUCGCGGCCCUAUCAGAGCUGGUCAUCCAGCUACCUAGUGGAGGAGGGGUAGCGAUGGUGGCUGGCUUCAAGGCCUUCCUGGGCGAGUUCGCCUGCCGCGUGGGGCCGUUCGACGUGCUCGCAGCAGACAGGGACGCGAAGGCAAGCGCGUGA